AUGGCGCCUAAGAAGAAGGGAAAUAAGAGACAGGAGGCUGAUUGGGAAGCCGAGCUCGGUGAGGCUGCUCCCGGAGCCGGUGGUGAGGCCGCCCCCCAGGAAGAUGCCGCUCCCGCCGAGGAAGAGGCUGGCGGUGGUGGUCUACUCGCCACUUUGAGGAAGAACAAGGCCAAGAAGGGAAAGAAAGGAAAGCAGCAGAACGAUUUCGUCGAGGGUGAGGACGCACCUGCGGCGGCCGAGCCUGAAGACUUCUCCAGCAAGCAACCUGAAGAAGGUACUUUCGAUGACGAGGAUGACGUCUUCUCCAAGAAGAAUCAGAAGGCUGCCCAGGCCGCUGCAAAGGCCGCUGCUGCGCCCAAGGAGGCCGAGGAUGAAGGUGAAUUCCGUGUGAAGUCCAAGAAGGAGAAGGAAAGGGAAAAGAAGGAGAGAGAAAAGCAGCGGAAGAAGGAACAGGCCGCUAAGAAGAAGACUGAGAAGCCUCAGCAGCCUGCUAAGGCUGAGCCUGAGAAGAAGCAAGAGCCGACACCCGCCGCCGCCGCUGCUCCCGCCCCCGCUGCCCCCGAACCUACUGGUGGCAAGAAGAAGAAGAUUCCUGCCCACCUUGCCGCUCUCCAAAAACAACAGGAGGCUCUCAGAAAACAGCGUGAGGAAGAGGAGCGACUUUUGGCCGAGCAGCAGGCUUUAGAAGAGGAAAGGAGACGCGCGGAAGAAGAGGAAGAGAAGAAGAGAGAGGAAGCUCGUCAGCGCAAGAAGGAAAAGGAGAAGGAAAAGAAGGAGCAGCUCAGAAAAGAAGGAAAGUUGCUCACCAAGGCCCAGAAGGAGGCAAAGGAGCGCAAUGAGCUGCGUCUGAAACAGAUGCUUGCUGCAGGUGCAGGCAAGGUUGCCGGCUUGGAAGAACAGGGACUUGGAGCUGCCGCUGCACGGGCUAAGGCCCAGCGUGAAGCUGAAGAAGAACGCCGAAAGAAGGAGGCCGAAGAGAAGGCGAAGGCUGAGGCUGAAGCCGCCGCCGCCGCCUCCGCCGCUGCUGGUGGAGAGGAGAGCGAACUGGACGACUGGGAGAAGGCUGCUGACGCAGAAGACGACGACGUGAAGGAUUCAUGGGACGCUCCUACAGAUGAGGAAGACAAUGCCGAAAAGCCAGCCACAAAUGGUGCCAAGGCCGAGCUCCCUGAGAGGCCUGCUGCAGCUCAAAAGAAGGCCGACGCUGAGGAGUCGUCUUCCGAGGAAUCUUCCGAAGACGAGUCUGAUGAAGAACAGUCUGCAGCACAGAGGGCCGUUGCUCAAAGGAAAGCCGAAGCCGCUGAGCGCAGAAAGAAGCAGCACGAAGAGGCGAUGGCAGCUCGCUCAAAGGACAACCUGCGCUCCCCCAUUUGUUGUAUUCUGGGACACGUCGAUACCGGUAAGACCAAGUUGCUGGACAAGAUUCGUCAGACAAAUGUCCAAGAAGGCGAAGCUGGUGGUAUUACUCAGCAGAUUGGUGCUACUUACUUCCCUGUGGAUGCUCUGCGUCAGAAGACUGCUCCUGUGAACAAGGAUGGUUCAUUCGACUUCAAGAUUCCUGGUCUGUUGGUCAUCGAUACACCCGGUCACGAGUCCUUCUCCAAUCUGCGUUCCAGAGGUUCUUCGCUUUGUAACAUCGCCAUCUUGGUCGUCGAUAUCAUGCACGGUCUCGAGCCGCAGACCCUCGAGUCCAUGAGGUUGCUCCGUGACCGCCGCACUCCCUUCAUCGUUGCGCUGAACAAGAUCGAUCGUCUGUAUGGCUGGAAGAAGAUUGAUAACAACGGCUUCCAGGAGAGUUUGGCUAUGCAGAAUAAGGGAGUCCAGAAUGAGUUCCGCACGCGUCUUGAGCGGACCAAGCUCCUGUUCGCCGAACAGGGUUUCAACUCCGAGUUGUACUACGAAAACAAGUCCAUGGCUCGCAAUGUCUCUCUCGUGCCGACUUCCGCUCACACUGGAGAGGGUAUCCCCGACAUGCUGAAGCUGCUGACCACUUUGACCCAAGAGCGUAUGACUAACUCGCUCAUGUACUUGUCGGAGGUCGAGUGUACUGUUCUUGAAGUGAAGGUCAUUGAAGGUCUUGGUACGACCAUCGAUGUUGUCCUUUCCAACGGUAUUCUCCGGGAGGGUGAUCGAAUCGUACUAUGCGGUCUCAACGGUCCUAUAGCAACCAAUAUUCGAGCGUUGCUGACACCCGCACCUCUGAAGGAACUUCGUCUGAAGUCACAGUACGUUCAUAACAAGGAAGUCAAGGCCGCCCUUGGUGUUAAGAUCGCAGCCAACGAUCUCGAGCAGGCCAUUGCUGGUUCCCGGUUGAUGGUCGUCGGACCUGAUGAUGAUGAGGAGGACAUCGAGGAUGAAGUCAUGUCUGAUCUGGAGAACCUGCUGAGCAAGGUUUCCAAGGAUCAGCGUGGUGUCAGUGUCCAGGCCUCGACCCUUGGUUCCCUCGAAGCUUUGCUUGAGUUCCUUCGUGUCUCUAAGAUCCCCGUUGCCAACAUCUCCAUCGGCCCUGUUUAUAAGCGUGAUGUGAUGAUGGCUGGUACGAUGUUGGAAAAGGCUAAGGAAUAUGCCGUCAUGCUGUGCUUUGACGUUAAGGUUGACAAGGAAGCGGCUGCAUAUGCCGAGGAAGUUGGUGUCAAGAUCUUCACCGCAGACAUCAUCUACCAUCUGUUCGAUGACUUCACUAAGCAUAUGGCUGAAUUGACGGAGAAGAGAAAGGAAGAGAGCAAGAUGCUUGCUGUCUUCCCUUGUGUUCUCCAUCCCGUCGCCGUCUUCAACAAGAAGGACCCUAUCGUCAUUGGUGUCGAUGUCAUUGAAGGUAGCCUGCGGAUGCAUACACCACUUGCUGCCGUUAAGAGCAACCCAACAACCGGAGCCAAGGAGAUUAUCGAAAUUGGCAGAGUUGUAUCAAUUGAACGUGAUCACAAGGCAGUCGCCGUGGUCAAGAAGGGUCAACCCUCUGUUGCUGUCAAGAUCGAAGGAGCUAACCAGCCCAUGUACGGACGUCAACUGGAAGAGAAGGACACUCUGUACUCUAAGAUCUCCCGUGCCAGUAUUGACACCCUUAAGGAGUUCUACCGUUCGGACGUGUCGAUGGAGGAGUGGGGUCUUGUCAAGAAGCUCAAGCCCGUGUUCGACAUCCCUUGAUUUUGUACGAACUUAUGACCCACCAUAGCCCGGGGACCUACGAUUCAUUUCGACAGGUCUUUGAUGGUAACCAUGAGGCAUUCGACACUUGGCCGUUUGCCGGAGUUCCGGGCAGACUCAACUAUGGGGUAACGAGCUAUCCGACAUGUGCCCAUAUGUAUAGGUUUACCAUAUAGCGAUGUGAUUUCUUUAUGUGCCGUGAUGAUUUAAUGUACUACGUCGAAGUAGUGCAUGACGUGAUGAAAUAAAACGGAACUGGUUAGGGAUAACGUGUGUU